UCUCGUACUUAAUCUGUAUAUAUAAAGAACGCGCGCACAGUUGAAUCCCCUCUAAAUCUUUGAUCUGUUUUUAUCCUCAGAAAAACAUGGAAUUCAUCUGCAUUUCAAAUGUUCUUAGAAGGAUGGUUAGUUCGUCAAGAACACUACUUAGACGAACUAACAACAACAACAACUGAAUCAAACAUUUAUGAGACACAUGAUUCCGUUUUACGCGAUUUAAUCGAACGUGUUCUAGCUCAUUACCAGCAAUAUUACGAAGCUAAAUCGUUGUUAUCGAAACAAGAUGUGUUUAUUUUGUUUUCGCCGGUUUGGUUUAGUUCAUUAGAGAAGUCGUUUUUGUGGAUUUCUGGGUUUAGACCUUGUUUAGCGAUUAAAAUCGUUAAGAAUUCUGUUAAUGAUUUGAGUGAAGAGCAAUCGGAGAAGCUAGAGAAACUGAAAUUGGAGAUUAAAGAAGAGGAGAAGGAAUUGGAUGAAGAUUUGAUUAGGAUUCAGGAGAGUUUGGCUGCACCGCCUUUUUCGGAGAUUGCGAGGAGGUGGGGGAGAUUGGUUGUGAAUGGUAACGAGAGGAGGCGGAAUAGAUGUCAGGAAGAAGAUGAUGAGGAGGAAGAGUUUACGACAAUGUUGACUUCGGAAAUGGAGAUUUUGGUUCAGAGAGCUGAUUUUUUGAGGUUGAAGAUAACAUUGAAGGUAAUUGAGAUAUUGGAUUCUGUUCAGACUGUCAGGUUUUUUGUUGCUAUUGGUAAACUUCAACUUCGGAUACGAAAAUUGGGAUUUCAGAGGGAUGAACAGAGGAAUGAUGGCCAAGACUUUCCUCUUGGUGUCUCUUUACUCGAGGGGGUUAUACCAGCUCCUCAAUGCGACUGGAGCCUCAAGGAUUGGUCAGGGUUCAAAGUUCAGAGCUCUGGAUUUUGGAUUACGUUUCAAAAGUUCAUGGAAAAUGAAAAAAAAAGAAGAAAAGUUCAAAACAAAAACAAAUGCUGCUAAGAAAGCAUCUCAAAUGCAGAAGUGUUUUCAAUAAUGGCAGGUUUCUGAAAUUAAUAUAGUAGCAUAUCAAGUAAGGUAAAUCUUGUUGAUGGUGAUACAAGUUGAAUCAUCCUGCGCAAGGAACAAUGGUCGGUAGGCUUGAAGUGACAGCAGUUUAUUCACUCAUUGGAAGCUACUCUUUUUUCUGGUUAGUCUGUGUUUCUUUACAGGCAUAUUGGUUGUUUGAGUGUAACCUGACA